AUUUUAGCUCUCUGGAAAAGAAAGAUUCCGAAGAUAAUCUGGUUAAGCAAAGACUUUGAGCUUUUCGCAAAUUGUGUGUUAUAAACUUUGGCAUCGGAUCAGGUUUCACCUGAAUGUUGGGUUAGUUAAAUAUUAACAAAAGAACCUGACUGGAUAAUGCUCACUAACGGCUGGACCGGACCGGUAUGUAAAGGAACGGCAUUGAAAACGUGACAGUUAGUGAUUUGGAUGUAUAUAAAAUGAAACUAGACUAAGCCGCAGAUGAUCUGAGGAAUGUGCUUUGUGUCGGACAAAAUGGCGGAUUCAGAACAUAACAUCACAACCAGCUGGCAUCACCGUGCUGAUCCUUUUACGAAAAACCUGAAAACUAAUGAAUCGUAAUGAAUCAACUCUGGUUCCGUUCAUCAGGGAUAGCUUCUCCAUGAUACUUGAUGGAAGAACUAAUGGAACACUCAAGAAGACCAAGAUCGUGUGUACUCUUGGACCACAGUCCAGAUCUGUUGAGAUGAUUGAGAAGCUUCUCAAAGCUGGUAUGAACGUAGCCCGUUUCAACUUCUCACAUGGUACUCACGAGUACCACCAAGGAACUCUCGAUAACCUCAGAACCGCCAUGAAGAACACUGGUAUUCUCUGUGCCGUCAUGCUUGACACGAAGGGUCCUGAGAUUCGAACCGGAUUUCUCAAAGGAGGCGGCAAACCAAUUCAGCUAACUCAUGGUCAAGAGAUCACAAUCUCAACUGAUUACACUUUGCAAGGAGAUUCAAACACAAUCUCGAUGAGCUACAAGAAACUCGCAGAGGAUCUCAAAUCAGGGGGCAGGAUUCUCUGUUCCGACGGCACAAUCUGUCUGACCGUCUUGUCGUGCGACAAGGUUAACGGUCUAGUCCGUUGCCUUUGCGAGAACUCAGCAACCCUAGGAGAGAAAAAGAACGUUAACCUCCCAGGAGUUGUAGUUGAUCUCCCGACGCUCACAGAGAAAGAUCAAGAAGAUAUUCUCAAGUGGGGAGUUCCAAACAAGAUCGAUAUCAUUGCUCUUUCCUUUGUCCGUAAAGGAUCUGACCUAGACCAAGUCAGGAACUUGCUUGGUGAUCACGCAAAGCGAAUCAUGCUUAUGUCAAAGGUUGAGAAUCAAGAAGGAGUGAAGAACUUCGACGACAUUCUUAAAAACUCUGAUGCGUUCAUGGUGGCUAGAGGCGACCUAGGGAUGGAGAUUCCGAUCGAGAGGAUAUUCCAAGCUCAGAAGAUGAUGAUCGAGAGAGCCAACGCUGCCGGGAAACCAGUCGUGACAGCAACGCAGAUGCUCGAGUCUAUGAUCAAAUCUCCUCUUCCGACAAGAGCCGAGGCCACAGACGUGGCCAACGCCGUCCUAGACGGCACGGACUGCGUCAUGCUCAGCGGGGAGACCGCGGCGGGAGCCCACCCCGAAGCCGCCGUGAAUAUCAUGGCGAGGAUCUGUAAGGUGGCGGAGGACACGCUCGACUACGACUCCGUGCACAAGAAGAUUCAAGAAGCUGCUCCGUUGCCUUUAUCCACGGUCGAGGACUUGGCAGCUUCUGCGGUGUCCAAGGCGAUGAAGCAGAGCGCCAAGGCGAUUGUGGUGCUCACCAAGGGGGGAUACACGGCGGCGCUUGUGGCGAAACACAGGCCUAGCGUUCCGAUUCUUUCGGUGACUGUCUCGGAUGAUGGAGAGUCGAGGUGCUGUGAGUCUGUGGCGAAACGUGGCUUGAUUUACCGUGGGAUCGUUCCGGUGGUGGCAAGCAGUGGUUCGGCAGAGGAGGCGACUAAGUUUGCGAUCGAGUUUGCAAAGGAGAAGGGGAUCUGUAAGGGUGGAGAUUCGAUUGUGUUGGUGCAGUACAUCGAUGGUUCCUCUGUUCUCAAGAUCAUGCAAGUGGAGUAGAGUGUUUUAUUUCUCGGACAUGGGGUCAGUUUUUGAAGUUCUCAACAUUUGUGGGGUCAAAUUUAGAGUCUGAGAGAAAUAAUUUUGGCCGCAAUAUUUUUUAAGUUUGACAUUUUACGAAUCGAUUAUAUUAUUUUUAGUUUGCUCA